CUUACACCUGAUUCUUACAUCUACAUACAGUACAUGUAUCUAUCUAACCUAGUCAAAUUAAAGGCGCUACAUAUGUAUUCAAGUGUGGAGCAUCUCGACGUGGUUCCCGCAUCGGCGCCAGUGCGGGGAGUAUAAGGAGUCCAAAUAUAUAUAACUAACUAAUUCAUAGUCCAUAUCUUCUUCGAAUAUUAACUAUCAUUGUUAAUAACUAUCUUCGUAACUCUCAUAUCUAUUUCUUAGGAAAUAAUUAUUAUGCCACUAACAACGCAACUGUCGCCAGAAGGUUUGUCUAUGACUGAGGUUCUAUCCUGUCCAACCCCAGUCCUCCAAGACAUCACUCUCGAUCCAGAUAUGGACCCCAAGCAUGACCCCCCUACUAGCAUCCUGAUCAUAGGCGCCGGAGUAUUCGGACUUAGCACCGCCCUCGCGUUGACCAAGCGCCCAGAGUUCGCGUCUACCUCUAUAACUGUCCUAGACCGAUCCCCGGAGCCUGGUGUGUUCCCAUCCCGUGACGCUUCCUCUAUCGACUCGUCGAGGAUCAUCCGGGCCGAUUAUGCGGAUCCGGCCUACGCGGCCUUAGCAUCAGAGGCACAAGUCCAUUGGCGGCAGACCGAUCCGGCCUCUCUCGGUGGCGAGGGGCGGUACACCGAGUCCGGGUUCAUACUAGGAGCCGACUCCGAGCCGUUGGUGCGUGAUAACGGGUCGUCAACCGGUCUUGCCUAUGCUAGGAGGAGCUGGGUGAAUUCAAUGGCGCUUGCACAUAAGGAAAGACGACCUUUAAGCUCAAUUCGCGUUUUGAAGAACCAGUGGUCUAUCGGCGUGGUGUCUGGCACGGGAGGCGAGUUCGCUUACUGGGGAUAUCUAAAUACGGCGAGUGGGUGGGCAGACGCCGAAGCAAGCAUGAAGUGGUACUACGAGCGUGUCACUGCCACGGGUCGUGUAACCUUUGUUAACGGGACCGCCGAAAGCCUCGAGACAAACGAAUCGUUAAGGAGGGUUACCGGGGCGCGACUUAAGGAUGGCAGCACGCUAUCAGCCGAUCUCGUAGUCGUCGCCGCAGGCGCUUGGACACCUACGCUAGUAGAUCUCUCGACACAGGCCGUGGCCACCGGCCAGACUCUAGGCUAUAUGGACAUCACUGAAGAAGAGCAGAAGAGGUUAGAAAAGGUUCCAGUGAUGCUAAACGUAUCGACAGGUCUCUUCGUGAUACCUCCGCGUAAUCGUGUGCUCAAGAUUGCAAGGCAUGCAUAUGGAUAUAUAAAUCCCAAACCGGUAUCAAAACCACCCCUAGGAGUUCCCGGCUCGACAACGCCGGAGCUAAUCUCACAGCCGUAUACGCAUCUCGACGAUGCUAGUCUCUCGAUUCCAGCGGAUGCCGAGAAAGUACUACGGGAUGGUUUACAGAAAAUAAUACCUUGGCCAGAAUUACAAGAUCGACCUUUUUCCCGAACUCGACUGUGCUGGUAUACAGAUACCGCGACAGGAGAUUGGAUAAUAGAUUACCAUCCAUAUUGGCAAGGUUUGUUUGUUGCUACAGGAGGAAGUGGGCACGCAUUCAAAUUCCUACCAGUUAUUGGUGAUAAAGUAGUAGACACGAUUACAGGAAAAUGCCCUGAAGAACUUCGGAGAAAAUGGAAAUGGAGAUCCUCAAAUACUACCGAGAUUAUAGUAACAGAGGACGGGAGUCGGGGUGGACAACCGGGACUAAUACUAGAAGACGCAAUGAGAACAUAAACCUACAAAUCCAAUCUAACUAGACAAAUCACAAAGAUCACGAGUCAAAACGCGGGAAUGCCAAUUAUAAAUCGAUGGGUGAAUAGAUGUAUGAUUUGCUUAAGGAAGAACCUCAAGUAACGAUAAUCCAUCUCUGAAGUCCAAACGAUGUUCUGUAA